AUGUACAUACGCACAUUCACGAUUGGUCUGGAUGGUCCAAAACGCUGCAGAGUGGAGACGCUGAAUAACCCAGCACUGGUAUCGGUCUUGGACAAGAUAUUCCGUACAGGUUCUUCGCAUGAGAUGAGGCGGUUACGAAUCGACCUCACGAGAAUCUCUGCAAGACUUCUCUGCUGGACACCCUCCAAGAUUUUAUCCCUUCUUGGGCCUAGAACUUCCACCGGAACAUUUUUUCAACUGCACACCUUCAAAACGAAUCUCACCAGCCAGUUCGAGUACCAAAAAACUUUGUCUAUCGUGUACGCAGCCCUCGAGUUGGAAACCCUCGAAUUCCGACUGGCUGUCAAGUACAAGGCAGGACUCUCGUCGAGCGUGGAUCAAUUUAGCUUCACCAAUCUCUCCAAACUAAAGCACUUGCCCAUCACACAUGCGAAGUUCGCGACACACAAAACCCCUCCAACGAAUGAGCAGCUGGUUUCCGAGAUCGUCCACCUCCUGAGCGCCUUCAACCUGCAGAAAACCCUCCGCAUGGGCUUCUUCGUUCUACAGACAGACAACCCCGAAUAUGCGUUUGGCGCUUUUCAAUUUGCUGCCCUUGCCAGCGCCCAGUUUGCUACAACCACGUAUUAUUGGAUGUUUUCUCGUGCUGGGACUAGCCAGGCCGCCCUCGAGCGGAAGCGCGAAAUAUCGAUGUACUGUGCAAGCGCCCGGCUAAUGCGUCGCAGUUUCGAGCAAGUGAAAGCAGGCGUUGAGGAGGGAAAUGUCGAUGAUAUACUCGAAUAUUGUCUACGACUGGUGUCGGGUAUCGAUGGAGUACCUGUCAACUUGAGUGAGGCUAUGGGUAUCCUCCCUGAAGUAAUCCAUGGUCCUUUCCCAGCUCCCAAACGCGCCGUCGCCGCAAGUCUUAUUGGCUCCAUUUCUGCGUUCCACAUGCACAAAGAGAGCGCGAAAGAAUCUUCCUUCUCGCCCUACCUAGCAUCCGGAAUUAUGUCCUGCUUUGCGAGCUGCGAACUAGGCUUAUACUCCAACAGCUGCCGCAUCUUCUUCCACUGCUGUCCGUCGGUCUCCGAAUUGGCGGAGAUAUUGCCCGAGGAAGAGAUGGAUCUUCUCGAUAGAGUGACUUAUCUUGACGAAAGAUACCUUGACUUCAUGGAGGAGACCAAUGUGGGGGUCGGUGUCAUCCUUCUCAAAAACCUGCAUACUGCGAUCGAGAGUGUCAAAAGGCGGGAACUCUCGGGCAACAUGAAUCGAAAGCAUGGAAUGGAGGCUCGCCUUGGCCUGGGUGGUGGCUUGGUGUCAGAGCAGUCAAGAAAGAACUUAGAAAAGGCAGAAGACCUAUGUCGCAGAAGAAAGCCAGAGCAAGCGGCUCCGUAUCUCCUCAAAGCCAUCAAGGACCACAACAAUCUCGACGCCAUCAUCCAGAUCGCGUUUCUUUUGCCUCGCCCGGAUGCUAUCGAGGCUCUUGAACACGCAGAAGAACGAGGGCGUGUCAUCGUAAAAAAGGCGCUGGGAGAGAAGGCCUUCGACGAUGAUGGCGAUACGGUCGAGCGCUUCUGGAUGAUCCUUGAAACGCGACCGUAUAUGCGUGUCUUGCAAGCUCUGGUUAGGAUGUAUUUCGAGAGCGGGAAGUUUGCAGAAUCCGCGAAAACCAUCGAGGAAAUGCUCCGCCUGUGUCCUGGCGACAAUCUCGGGCAGCGCUAUUGGAUGGGUUCGAUGCUCUGCCAGGCCAAUCGGUUCUCCGAUGCCCUCUUCUUCGCUCAAGCCUGGCUCACCGAACACACUCGGAAGACUGGAGACCCACCCGCGCGGGGUGGGACUGCCUUUGCUGCCCCCAGCCCUGCUGUGCCACCCACAAUCGACGCGGAGAGGCUGCGGUGGGAGGGCUGCUCCCUUUUGUACACUGCUGCGCUCGCGAGCUUCAAGGUCUAUGGCGACUGCGAGCAAUCAAAGAAAUAUUUGAUCAUGGCGACCCAGUCUAAUCCCAAUAUUCUGAUUAAAAUCUUGGCCAAGGUUCCCAGACCAGCCGGAUUGAACAACGACCCCCGGACCCCCAAUGGGCCAGAAGACGCCCAAGAUUAUCUCUACUUAACACAAAACUUCUGGAUGGAGAAAGGUAUCCGGAAGUGGGCCGACAGCUGCCAAGACGCGAAAAGGCUCGUUCUGAAAAGCUGCAGUCGGGAGGCUUGCACAGAGAAGGAGAAAGACGUGGCACAGUUCAAGAGAUGUGCUGCGUGCCAUCUUGUGCUCUACUGUGGCCAGAACUGCCAGAAGGUCGACUGGCCGCGACACAAACCCGAAUGUAACGCGCACAAGCAGCACAAAAUCGCAUUGCGUGCGUUCGCAAAUGGGAAAGCACCGCCUGCUGGCUCCAUGCCGAUGUUCUCUUCCGAUAUGGCGGGUGGCACAAUGUUCGGCUUUCCGGCCCCUGGCUCCCGCUGA